AUGCUUAGAUGCGCACACAGAGAGCUCCACAAGCCUUAUAUCUUUAGACUCCCUGCCUUGAGCCAUGGAUCAUCCAUCGAUGAAUCUAGUCUCAGGGCGCUUGAGAUGAGCCUCGAUAAAAUCAAGUCCAAAGCAAUUCCAUUAGAAUGGGACUUAUUUCUCGCAUAUCCUCAAACAGGAGAUGAACUACGGAAGAUUCAACAACAUUGCAAGGCAAAGCUACUCGGCGACUUUCCUUUUUCUGACUACGUUGAAGACGAAUAUCAGUGGCAGGCCUCAUUGUGUUGUUCAUUGGAAGCAUAUCGUAACACUGGAAAAGAAUGGCUCGACUGGAUGGAGCUUACGUUGAAGGCAGCCAAAAGCUUUGAGCUUCAAGCAGCCCACAAAAUAGCCGAUGUUUCUCCUCAGCAUUUUGCAGCCACAAAAUUUCGAUGCCUUAAGCCUCUCUGGGUCGUGUGGGGGAAAAAGACGGAAGAAGGGACGGCAGAGGAAACAAAAGAACUAAAUAGCUUCCUGGAGGACCAUGGAAUCUCCGUCGCCGAUGCUCCUCAUAUACUGCCCUUGAGGUAUGGUCUAUUCGAGGUUUGGUUCGAGGAGAAUCGAAGAGCCGAGCUUCGAAAGCUUUUCUCAAAGACUUAUACCGAUUUCGACGAAGACAGCCCUUUGGUGCGGUUUCAAGGGUACUGUGAAUCUUUGCGCAUAGUGCUCGACGCAUACAAAAAGCAAUCUAAUUUCUGGGGAGAAGUGGAUGUAAUCGUGAAGCGCCGUAUGGAUGAAUUGGGGGCCCUUACUUCACGAGCAAAGAUAUAA